AUGUCUAAUAGCACCCAUACUUAUACUGGUGCCUGGAUAGACUGGUCUCAGGGGGGUACCCGGGGAGCGACAUUGACUCUGUCCCAAAAAUGGGCUGGGAUCCUGACUGCUUUCUUGGCCGUUCUCGUUUCUUCCGCUGGAAGUUUGUUCUGGAACAUCAUCGCCUUUGCAAUUCACCAGGCAUAUACCACAAAAGUUUGGAAAAAGCGAGAUGCUUUGCAUCACCAACGCCAAGUCAUUCUCCGCAAUAAGGGCACGAUGGCUGCGGCUUGGGCGUUGCUGGCGCUUCCAUUUGCACACCAGCGCAUGGUGUCGAAGCGCUUCUUGCGGUCCCUACCUUUUGCAACAUUUGUGAUCCUCACUCUCCUCUUUUUCAGUGUCUCUGGUCUCUUUACAAGUUACAUCUCCAAGCUUGCAAGUACCUCCACCCUCAUUGUCAGUCCAAAUUGUGGAGGGUUCGAAGUCGACCUCAUCUCGGGAGUGUCAAGUCCUCUAAAUUCGAAGUCCCUUUUGGAUACUUAUGACGCGGCGACGUACGUCCGUCAAUGCUAUCAAGGGGACCCAAAUGGGCCAACUUGUGGGACAUUUGUCCGUCCAUACAUACCAUUUACCACCAAUUCGAAUGCGUCCUGUCCCUUUGGAGACAAUCUGUGCGCCUACAACAAUCAAUCCGCAUUUCAGAUGGAUACUGGUCAAUUGGAUUCACAUAUGGACUUUGGUAUCAAUGCGCCACCCGAAGAAAGAAUAAAGUUCAGACGAGUUUGCACCUGCGCGCCAAUCCGCCAUGGGUCCGGUCUGGCCACAGUUUCGAACGACUCAACGCUCGGAGAAGUAAUCUAUAUCAAUCCUGGGCCACAGCCCGUAUUAGGGGUUAAUUAUACGUUUAUCUACACCUCAGUCCCAAACUUGGACGGUGUGGGAUAUACGUUGAACGCCUUGCAAGCCGAGGCCGAUCCUACCGGCAUUCUACACACCACCUUUCGCGCCUGGGAGCCAGAUUCAAAUAUUAAUCAAACCGAUGCCGAUAUAACCCUGAUGAUGUUGAAUCAGAACGAUAUCGCAUAUCUUGAACGCAGCGACGACCCGUGGAUGACAGCACAGCUAGAGACAGAUACCAAUCAAACAAUUCCAGGGACGAACACUACGCUUAUUAUGUGGUCUAAGAGUUAUGAGAUAAAUCUCUUGGGGUGCGUGGACCAGUAUCAGGUGUGCAACCCGAAUAAACCUGGGAACUCUGCCUGUACAACGCUGGGUGGUAUCAUGAGUGCAGUCAAUCAGGCCUGGACUACCAAAAUCAGAACUCUGGAUCUCAAUGACCCUCAAAUUAUGACUGUUUCACGAUUUCUUACUUCAGCAACCGACAAGAGCAUGUAUUCCAAUGUGUAUGGACGAGGAGGCGCUGCUCUCAACGCUUCGAUGAUGGCCUACCAAAAUAUUCAAACGUAUAUUCCUCCGAAUCAAUGGCAAAUUGAAGUAUCAACCUGGUUUGCAACGUCUCUCGCCAAAGACCAGUCCCAGGUCCUUGAGUGGGCCGCCGGACCGAAAAACCUCCCCUCUGAGGGGUGGCACAUCACGAAGCCCAAUAAUACCUUCCUGCGUUCCCAAUGCUAUAAUCAACUCGUGCCUAGAGCCUCGGGAUACGAAAAUUUCUCGAUUCUUGGUCUCGUUAUCACUCUCGUACUCUGUGGCAUCAUUGUGAUCAUUGGACUGACAAUCGAUACGGUAGUCGGCUGGCUGCGCCGAGGGAAGUCGAGAUACAUGCGGGACCAGUGGGAGGUGGAAGAAACUUUAGCCCUCCAUAAGGCGGCAUACGUGAGCCUGGACCUUUGGCGGGACGGUGACGAAGGUAUGCCACCAAGUUCCGUCCUUUUGAACGCCUCCCCUCUGGCCAUUCCGCUCCGAGCUGGAGAGACUGGAGAAGAUUGA